AUGUGUCACCGGCAGUACAAGUUCGUCCGCGCGCGCGAGUGCGGCCAUCUGUCGAAGAUUGGGGAACGUGUCGUCGACUGCAACUCGCGCAGCUGCUUUCUCAGCGCGGCGCAUCCGAGGAAUUGCGGCGCACACGGCCAACGGUGCAACUGUAGACGAUAUUAUGGCCAGCCCGAGCGUCUGGUGAUGGGCGAGAACGAAGGAAAAUGCAUAUCCUGCACCCCCUGA